CUCUCUAUGACCCGGACGCCUGUGCGCGCUGGAGCUCGUGGGAGUGGCUCCUUUCCUCGGGUGUUUUCCUGCCUCCAUCGUGGGGCCAGCGGAUGGGAUGCGGUGAGAGAAGGUGGCAAUGGAGAUCAACGGCCUCCCGCUGGAGCUCUGGCGCUUGAUACUGUCUUACUUGCGCCUUCCUGACCUCGGCCGGUGCAGCUUGGUGUGCAGGGCCUGGUAUGAACUCAUCCUCAGCUUGGACAACACCCGAUGGCGGCAACUAUGCCUUGGUUGCAUUGAGUGCCGUCACCCAAACUGGCCCAACCAGCCAGACGUUGAGCCUUGGUCCUGGAGGGAAGCCUUCAAGCAACAUUAUCUAGCCUCGAAAACCUGGACCAAAAACAGCCAAGACUUUGAGUCCUCUAACUGCUUCUAUUUGUUCAGGAGGAAAAAGGACCGCCGUGUACUUUGCGUGGGGCCCGGUUGUGAGUUUGACAACCUAAGGAGUGCCUUGCUCUCGGCAAGUGCUUAUGACAGAAUUGUGCUCUUGCCUGGAGUGUAUGAGGAGCAGAGUGAGAUUUUCCUCAAGGCCCCGGUGGAAAUUAUGGGGAAGGGCAAGCUCGGUGAUGUGGCCCUCCUGGUGAGCUUUGACCAGCACUGUCCCACCAUGCGGUUGUGCAAUUUGAUCUUCAUGCCAGCUUGGUUCACACCCGUUGUCUAUAAGACAACCUCCGGUCACGUCCAGUUUGACAACUGCAACUUUGAGAACAGUCAGCUGCAGAUUCAUGCCCCAGGAACCUGCCAGGUCAAAUUCUGCACCUUCAACCAGUCCAGCAUCAAUGUCCACAGCGUGGCCAUCUGCCUCCUGGAAAACUGCGAGUUUGUUGGGAGUGAAAAUGCCUCCGUGACGGUAGAAGGCUGCCCAUCUUUGGACAGGAACUGGGCCUGCAAACACUUGUCCAUGUUGGCAAAAUCACGUUCUGUGUUGCUGCAGACGUCAGAGGCACCGUUUUGUAACAUGACGAAGUUGGAAAGCCAGGGGCAUCUACCGAUAAGGAACACGAGGACCUGUGAGAUUGUGGUGGGUGAGGACCUGGGUAAUAUAUUCCCUGCUUCACAGACUCAAGGGAUACCAAAGAGAGGAUGUGAGAAGGAGAGUGAUGUCAUUGGAAAUCCUAGUAUGAUGCACAAGGAGGAAGCUGUGACGAUAGAUACAGAUUCCAGUGACAGCGAACUGAGCAUAAGCAGUGAGAAUGAGGACGAUGAUGAGUCAGUCUACAAACUGCCUUACCAGGCUCACAGCCUGAGUCACAUGUUGGCCAAAGUUAUUCAUGGCAGGUUGCAAACCAAUGGGUUAACAGCCCUCCAAAAUGACUAUGAGCUGAAAACUCUGCCUCAGGAGCUGCAGAAGGACAAGGAGUCUCAGUCGCUUGCCAGUGCAGUGCAAGGGUGCCUCAUUCAGAAGUGCCUUUUCAGAGAUGGAAAGGGUGGCAUCUUUGUUUGCUCCCAGGGGCAAGCUAGAGUGGAGGGGAGCAUCUUCAGGAACCUGACCUAUGCAGUGCGAUGCAUACAAAACAGUAAGAUCAUAAUGCUGAAGAAUGACAUUCAUCACUGCAAGACCUCAGGGAUAUUUCUGCGCCUUGGUGCAGGGGGCUUGAUUGCAGAAAACAAUAUUCAUUCCAACUGCGAAGCUGGUGUGGACAUCCGAAAAGGAGCCAACCCUCUGAUCCUGUGUAAUCGGAUCCACAGUGGCCUUCGCUCUGGCAUCGUUGUCCUUGGCAACGGAAAAGGCGUCAUCCGAAGCAAUCAAAUAUAUGGAAAUAAGGAGGCUGGUAUUUACAUUCUGUAUAACGGCAACCCUCUGGUAAGUGGAAAUCACAUUUUCCAGGGUCUGGCUGCUGGCAUAGCUGUGAAUGAAAACGGGCGAGGCCAAAUAACAGAAAAUGUCAUCCGAGAGAACCAGUGGGGAGGCGCUGACAUCCGUCGCGGGGGUGAUCCAGUCCUCAGAAGCAAUCUAAUUUGCUGUGGAUAUUCGGAUGGAGUGGUGGUUGGCGAGCGUGGGAAAGGCCUCAUUGAAGGAAAUACAAUUUAUGGCAACAAGGGCUGUGGUGUCUGGGUGAUGUCCUCCAGCCUUCCUCACAUCACAAACAACCAAAUUGGGCACAACAGCAUCUACGGAAUUGCAGUGUUUUGCCACAAGGAUGAUGCCAAUGAUUACCUUGCCAACCAGGGGGGCAAUGAGAAUUUCAAUGAUGAGGGAGAAGCGGCCAACUGGGAGAAUGACCUUGAAAGUGAAGAUGAACGCCUGACUUCCCGGAGACCCAUCAGUGUGGCUCUUGUGGAAUCGAACAACAUCAACCACAAUGGAGCUGCUGGUUUGUAUGUCAAGAGCAGCGAGGCCCUGAACAUAAUUGGAAAUGCCAUCCAUGCAAACCACGACUGUGGCGUGGCUGUGUUUCAGAGCUCUCAGCUCACUCGGAUCGCAAGCAACAGCGUCUCCUGCAACAGCCUUGGGGGUGUCCUUGUAGAGGCAGAGUGCAGGGUGGAACUGCGUGGCAAUGGCAUUUACGACAACAGUAGCCACGGAGUCACUUCCAAGGGUGAUGGACUGAUCACGGAAAAUGACAUCCUCGGGAACCAGGGCUGUGGUCUGAAACUGUGCCAGUCAGCUGAUAUGAAGGUCUCUAAGAACAGAAUCCACUCCUUUCGAGGUUAUGGGAUUGAGAUGCUUGACCAGACCAAGGCUUUGGUGCAAGACAAUCUCAUUUUUCAAGGGAAGUCCAAAAAAACCAUUUUACAGCAGGUAUCCAGCACUGAAGGCUGUGUCCUGCAAAACAACAAACUCCUUGCAUUCAAGAAAAGAUCUGAUGUUGCCUGGACCCUGGAGAACCCUCCAGCAAGACCGCACAUUGAUGGAUCCUCCCGUGGCAUGUCUUCUUCUGGAAACAGCCAGAAAGGCUCAAACAUGACAGCCAGGAUAGCUGCCAGAGUGGAAGGAGGUUGCCAUAACAAUGGCAGCAUAUUUUGCACAAUUCUGUGAUGUAUGUGCAUUUCAAAUGGCCUAUUUUAACUCAGAGACAGAGCUGGAAACUUUCUAAUGCCUAUUCAUUCCAUAAACAAAGCAUACAUAUUGGGAUAAUUUUUGACUUCCUUGUACAAGGGUAUAGGGAGCCAGUGUGGUGCAGUGGUUUGAUUGUUUGACUAUUACUCUGGAGACCAGGAUUUGAACCUCCGCUCAGCUACGAAACUCACUGGGUGACCUUGGGCAAGCCAUACCCGCUCAGACUCAGAGGAAGGCCGAGGCUUCUGAAUAACUCUUGCCAAGAAACCUCUUGCCGGAGGUUGGACAUGACUUGAAGGCACAUAAAAACAACGUACAAGAGCCCCUAUCUUUGGAGGGCUUGUGGGCACAUUUGGAAUGUCAGCGGAAGCCAUGGGUGACCUCAUCUCUUCAUAGAAUGCUGACCUAGAUCCUUCAAAUUCCUAAACCGAAGACUAGGGUGGGGGCGGGGGGGGGGGGGGAAGAAAAAAUGACUUGACUGAGAAACUUAGAACAAGGAAGAAUCUAAAUCUAAAAAUACCUCUUUCAGCGCCUGUUUCAGAGGAAACAAAUGGAUGAUCCUCAAGAGUACAGUCUCAAAUGCCAAACUACCUAGUUGUCUCACAAAGCCCAACAGAACAGCAGUUGAACAGAAGGCAAAAUUAGUGAUUUUCAGAGAGCCUUCCCCAGAUACACACCGUACAGAACCCCAGGGAAAACACACAUAGCAGAUAAACAUGCAAGCUUUCCUACCCAUGCUGUUCCAUCCCAGCCGUGCUUCUGUUGCGUCUUCAGGACCAUGAUGCCCUCAGUUCCUUCUGGCCUAUUGUUUAUCUUUGAAAUUAACAGUAAGAGGGGAGCUCUUGGAAUUUCUGAUUAUCCUUGCCAGAUAUCUUUGGAAACCCUUCCAAUUGUUUAAAGAGAGCAUUCUCUAUUUUGGAUUGAUUAUCCUUUUUAAGUUUGUGAUGUUGCAACUGCUGGGCCAUGGUAUCGGGAAACCUCUGAUUAUUAACCAGGAAGGAUGAGCCAUUUUCCUUCUCCCAGUUUUCAAUAUUUGUCUUCAGCUCCUCUUCCAACUUUAACGAUUGUUUUUGAAUCUUUGAUCGUUCCUUUUCAUCUCUGGGUAAGUUACCCCCUCUGUUUAGAAGUCUGCUGGGGUCUGAUUUUUUCUCCAGUUCAACAAAUCUUUCUAAGAUAGCUUCCCAUUUAUGAACAUUUUCAAACAGAGAUUUGUUUUUCUCAUAAACAGCUCUAAUUUUUACAAGUCCUUCAUCGUGCAGACUCCACAACUCUUCUGAAUAAUUGUCAUUAUAAAAUGGUUGAAAUGUAGCUCUCUGUUCAUCAGAAACAGAAAUAGCAUUUGUUCCAGUAAGUAUGAACCUCUUCUCUGACUUUCAAAAUAAUUUCUUUGAGGUGUUCUUUCUUCUGUUUUUCCAAGACCAGUAGCUCCUCUUCCCACAUCUUGAUGGCUUUUGAAGCAUUUGCUUGUUGUUCUUAGGAAUUCGUCACACUUCUUCUUUGGCCACUGGAGUCUGUUUCGGAGAAGUUGUACCUUGUUCAUUAGAACAGCCCUAGAAGCAGUCAGGCAUUCCUUUUUGAUCUGCAACUGAUGAAGAAGUAUACACAUAUCUUCAAGGUACUUUUUGAAGAAAUUAAUAUUAAUUAUAUUAAUUAAUUAAUAUAAUUAAUCUUCCUUCUUAAAGUGGGUGCUACCCUCCCCAUAUAAUGAAAAUGAAUGCCAAUUUAUAUCAGUUAGUAGGUUACCUGAGGUUUGUGGCAAAAGAAAAAAAAAUACUUUUUUCAAAAGAAUGGCAAAAGAGUAAUGUAAGGCAGACAUAAGCCAGAGUUCAGUCAUCAAUCACAAUACAUCGAUUCUUCAGUAAAGCAAACUGAUACACCUGGGAUUCUUCAAGCUGUGAAAUUGUCACAGAAACAUAUAGUGUAUCUUGUACAGUGGAUAAGGUUUCUUGCAAGAACACUCAGAAAUGACAAGUGGUGUCAAAGCAGGAUAAUGUUGCCCUUUGACAUAAUUUACAAAAUCCAAGAAAACGGGAACUCCUAGAGAACUAAUUAGUGGUUUAACAGGGACUGCUCAAAAUCCGGUAGUUUUAUGCAGUGCCUUUGAAAUUAUCUAAACAUACCUAUUUUUGAGGCAUUUCAGUAGCAAAGGGUAUUUUUUAAAAAACAACAUCACAAUCUACAUAAAGGGCGGGUUGCCUCUUUAACAUGGGUCCAAUCAGCUUAAUAAGAUCGAUAUUGGUACUUCAGCUGCAGACAUAAGUGGGAGAAAAUGGAAAAUUGUGACUUGAAAAUUGUAUUAUAGUUUCUGCAGCCUUUUAUGAAACUCUGGGUAAAAAUAUUGCUAUAAAUAUCGCUCUGGUCAAAGCGGCUCUGGGAUACUGAUACUCCAUAAUCUUUACCAAAGAGAUGGGGAACAUUUGUCCCUCCACUUGGUUCAGACCACAACUCCAGCAAUUCAUUACUGUUGGUCACAAUGAAGGGGACAGAUGGGAUUUGUAGUCCAAAGCAUUGGAAGGAAUUCUUCCAUUUCUGCUUUAGCGGUUACAGGCCAUGCAGUAAUGCAAAAGCUGAAGCAUUUACCAUUAUUUAGGAAAUUAUUUUCAAGGAAAAUGUUUGUCCGCGGUGCAACUGUGAAAAGCACAAAAACUUUGUUGGGGGAGCUGUGGCAACAAUACAAGAGGCGAUGGGUCAAGUAUUCCAGUGCUUAGUGGUAAUGAAAGGGUUUAAUUCAUGGAAGAGUCUCAAACACUCUUUAGACAAUGGAUGUUGAAUUUGCCUACAGCAACGGAGAACUUGUUUCCUUUACUCUCAUGUUCGCAAACUUGUUUCCUGAUCUGUAUCCAGGACCAUUAAAUACACCUACUGUCUGUUCCUAUUUUGGCUAGAUUGAGACCUAAAGUAAACUGCACUGGAGCUAUGUAAUGGGGACACCCAGUGGAAUGGUCAUUUUUUGCAAAGGUGAUAAUUUGUGAUGCCCAAUAGCAGAAGCUCGCUCUCUGUCUCCCAGCUCACUUCAUUCACCAUGCCAAUCCAGUGGAUUCCCUGCAGCUCAUUUUAGGGAGUACCUGCAGGACACAAUAUGCUGGCAGUUUAAAGAUUUGGAAUAAAGUUGAGCGGGAUUCCCCGAUCACUGCUUCCCUCCCUUACAAAUGUCCCCAUGGACAUUACUGACAACUUUAAAAAACUUUUUAAAGGCUGGAUUAUAAUCUGUUCCCAUGUUUUUAAAGGAAUUUUAAAACAUUCCAUGUAGCCUUUUGCUGAGAAAACCUGUAUAUUGAAAAAUAAAGUGCUAUAUUUUAAAAUGCGA